CUCUCUGCUCGAAACAGAUCCUUAACUUCUCUCCCUAUCUCUAACACUUUUCUCAAACUACGAAAACUAUGGCUUCAAAAUCCGUCGUCGUUUUGCUCUUCCUCGCUCUCAUAGCUUCUUCAGCCAUAGCUCAAGCUCCAGGACCAGCUCCAACAAGAUCUCCUCUUCCAUCUCCUGCUCAAGCUCCAAGAACCGCCGCACCUACUCCUUCAAUCACACCAACUCCCACACCAUCCGCUACUCCCACGGCAGCUCCGGUUUCUCCUCCGGCUGGUUCACCACUUCCCUCCUCCGCUUCACCUCCCGCUCCUCCAACAUCUCUCACUCCCGAUGGAUCUCCCGCCGCUGGCCCGACCGGAUCCACUCCCGUCGAUAACAACGUCGCCGCCACUCUCGCCGCUGGAUCUUUAGCCGGUUUUGCAUUCGUCGCUUCUUUGUUGAUGUAAUUUGGUUAUUUUAGAAUCUAUUGAGAUAGUUUUUUUUCUAUUAAGGAUUAUUUUGUUCCGUGUUAUUUUAAUUUUUGAUUUAUGUAUUAAGAAUUGAGUUAGCGUUGGACGAUAGAUAUACUCGAUUUGUGUUUUAGAAUUAUCAUUUGUGUUUUAUUAUCACUCUAGUUAAACACUUCGUGUUUUA